ACAGGUUGAGAACCACUGCUUUAAGCCAAACGAAAAUGAUUUGAAGUUUGGACUUUAAAAUAAUGAUGACUCUGUGGAUGGGUGGGCCUUCCUCACCACUGCCCAAAGUGCCACAUAGGAAGGCAGCCUGGAGCACCAAGGACACAGCAUAGGUACCCCACUAAUGAACCAAGGUACCAAGGCCCCUCUAUGUUCCUCUGGGCACAGAGGUCUUCUUUGGCCACCCUGAUCUCAAGGAGACAAACGGACUGGGGAGAACACGCGCCUGGAAGGACCGUGGGACUCUGUCUCCACCUCGGGCAUCUUAUGGACAGUGCAUGGGACAUGUGGAGCAGGAGCUCAUGACCCUGGCGUGGGUUGAAGGCACUUGAGAGGUAACCCUGACUCAUGGCCCGCCCCCGUACCCGCUCCAGCACUGGCCACUCCCUGGAACGCGGCAUGGGACUAGAUACAGAACCAAAGCUCAGUAAAAGCUCCAGCAACUGUGUCCGGACUCUGUCUGCUCCUCGGGUAUCGACUGCCCACCGCAGCCGGCGGCCUCUCCUCCUGCGCAGCCGUCCGCAUGCCUCACCACCUGCGCGUCCACGAAGCCCCACACCCCGAGUGGGGCGCCGCUCAGCAUGCCUCAAACCCGGCCACCAGCGCCACCGGUCUGCACAAUGCGCCGCGCAGCCAAGGCCCGUUGCCAGGGGCGACCAAAGGACGCCCAGCCGCGCCUGGGGCAGAGCAGCACGCGCUUCAGGGCGGGUCCCAGGGGCUGGGGGCCAAAGGAACCAGCAACGCGAGGCUAGCAUGGAAAAUGGCGAAAGGAAGAAGCUGUCUUCCACUUCACCGGAUGAAGAUCACAAAGAAGAAAAUAAAUUAAAACAAGAAGUUCCCCAAGAUCUGUCUUCUUCCCCUAAAUUAGACAGAUACAAAAUAGCAAGACAAUUAACAGAAAAGGCCAUCAAGGAAAAGAAGAUUUUCUCCAUCUAUGGACACUACCCUGUCAUCCGGGCCGCACUGCGAAAAAAGGGCUGGGUGGAGAAGAAGUUUCAUUUCCUGCCCAAAGUUCUUCAGAGUGUUGAGAGCGAAGAUAAUAAAGGUGCAGAGACCAAAGAAAAUCAAGAAAUACCCUUGGAGAGAUUAGAUGAUAUUCAUGAUGUGAUGUCCAGGUUGGUAAAGAAUGAGAUACCAUACCUCCUCUGGACUAUCAAGAGGGACGUUGUGGACUAUCACAGCCUGACUUGUGACCAGAUGCUGAACCACUACGGGAAGACAGCAUCGUUCACCACCAAGAUUGGGCUAUGUGUGAACAUGAGAAGCCUGCCUUGGUAUGUCCAGGCCAACCCUAACACCUUCUUCCCACGUUGCUAUGGCCUCUGCACCGAGAGCGAGAAGCAGGAAUUCUUGGAUGACUUUCGGCGCACAGUGGCUUCCAGCAUCCUCAAGUGGGUAGUCAACCACCAGAAUUACUGCAGCAAAAUCAAGGCCAAGAGUAAGAAGGAGGAGGCCAAGAAUGGUGAUCCCAGCCCCAAGAAAGAUCCAGAUAAUAAUGACCAAAAGUCCCAAGGCCUCUCCGGACAGCUUGUGGACACGGCCUGCAAGGUGUGCGAGGCCUACCUGGGACAGCUGGAGCACGAGGACAUUGAUGCAACGGAGACCAGCACGGAAGCCUUGACUGAGGAAGAAUGGAAGGACUUGACAAAGCAAUACUACUUAUUGGUUCAUGGCAAUGCUUUCAUCCUUGAUUCGAGAAGUUACUUUUCACAAUGCCAGACUCUGUUGAGUAAGAUCAGUUCUGUGAACCCUCAGACAGAGAUCGACGGGAUUCGGAACAUCUGGAUCAUAAAGCCCGCAGCAAAGUCCCGAGGUCGAGAUAUCGUGUGCAUGGACCGUGUGGAGAACAUCUUGGAGCUGGUGGCCACCGACAGCCAGACCACGAAGGACAACAAAUGGGUAGUUCAGAAGUACAUCGAGACUCCGAUGCUCAUCUACGAUACCAAGUUUGACAUCAGACAGUGGUUCCUCGUCACAGACUGGAACCCCCUAACCAUCUGGUUCUACAAGGAGAGCUACCUCCGUUUCUCCACACAACGCUUCUCCCUGGACAAGCUGGACAGUGCCAUCCACCUGUGUAACAACUCCAUUCAGAGGCGUCUCAAGAAUGACAAGGAGCGCAGCCCGCUGCUACCUGGCCAUAACAUGUGGACCAGCACCCGCUUCCAGGAGUACCUACAGAAGAGGGGCCGAGGGGGGACCUGGGGCAGCAUCAUCUACCCAUCUAUGAAGAAAGCAGUCACCAAUGCCAUGCGGGUGGCCCAGGACCACGUAGAAGCCCGUAAGAACAGCUUCGAGCUCUACGGAGCUGACUUCAUCCUGGGGCGAGACUUCAAGCCCUGGCUCAUCGAGAUCAACUCCAGCCCUACCAUGCACCCCUCCACUCCCGUCACAGCCCAGCUCUGCGCCCAGGUGCAGGAAGACACCAUCAAGGUUGUGGUGGACCGCAAACUGGACCGAAACUGUGACAUUGGCAACUUUGAGCUUCUGUGGAGGCAGCCUGCCGUGGAGCUGCCGCCGUUCAAUGGCUCUGACCUCUGUGUGGAAGGGAUCAGUAUGAAGAAAGCCAAGAAGCCAAUACCUCCCAUUACCAACCUCAGCUUCUCGGAAUCGCUCUCAGAUAUUCCACUCAAAAUGCGGAGCCCCCGGGCCCUACCGGAUCCAGCUACGGGGCCUUCCCGAAUGGCCCUGCGGCAGGACUGGAAACGGGAAGAAGCGAAGGUACUUUCGGCUACCUGGUCUGUACCAGUAACAGCUGCUGGGGGCAGAGUUGGAGCAAAGCCUGCGUAUGCCUUCCCGGUUAGUAACUACCAACAUGGAGACAGUAAGACCCCCAAAAGCACUUUUACCAGAACUCAGUCCACCAAACACUCGGAUCCAAAUUUAACAAGCGUACAGCACCUUUCCCCGGUGCUGCAGAAUACGAAACCCAUGGCGAGGCCCCGGUCUCCACCACCCAGAGCCUCCAGUAACCAUGGGGAGCUUGUGCCUUUUUGUCCCAUCGUAUUUGAGGAGUUCUGGCUCCAUCCCAAUCCUCGAAGAAGACCUUCGAGCUGCAGUCUCCAGAGCAGGACACAGGGCUGGAUCAAGGGUAUGCCCUGAGACAAUCUUCAGUCUGAACUCACAAGCAAGGGGCAGGGGGUGGGACACACGGGCAAUGACCUGUUCAGACACUAGGGUUUCUGAGCGAGGUGAACAGCAUAAUGGGGUCCUGUUGCAACAGUCCCAGUGGGAACCCCUCAGUAGUACUUGCUUCCUCUUAGGGGGAGCAGGGAUCUGGGGGUAGGUUAUAGUGUUCAAACAGCAUCACGUGGCAAAGUGGAGGGAUUGCCGGGCUAUUGCUCACAAUGUCGUAAAGAUUCUGAUGGAUGGAGCUGACACCUUUGUGAUACAGGCUGUGUCUACACCCAGGGCGUCACAUGCCACCUGUUACCUGGCAUCGGCUCAGAGAGUGUUGGGCCAGGCCCCCACCUUUUUCCGUUAAAGUAUACUCAUGCCCCAUGGUGUAUCCCUCAAUCUAGUUAGUCUAUCUCUUCUACUGCCCCCCAGCUACCUGGUCCUAGCUAUAGCUCUCCUUGCCUGCUUGCUCUCUGUGUCCCUGGGCGGGAGGUUUGGAGGACAGGCUCUCACUGCCACCUCUACAACUGUACCCUAAUGCCAAGGAUGGUAAAUGUGACAUGUGGCGGCUGCUUGGCACGUGCUGGACACAGGUGUGUGUUGUCUGUGGAGGCUCUGGGUGGGAAGAACAUCCACACCAGCUCCCAUGCCUAUGCCUGGCUACCCUGUGUGGGCAGCGCUGUAAACGUGUCUCUAGGAACCAUGGGGCUGCACACCUAGAGACCUCUUUCUGUGGAGAAAUGUCAACAGAAGCAAUAGCUCUGACAAGCUGUAGAGUGUCUCUAACAGUGAACCACACACUGGGAGCUAAACGGGGAAGUUUAUCUCUAACAGCCUGGUCAGCAAGUCCAUACUUCUGAGGUGUCUAGGGGAGGUCUCCCCUCCUACAGUUCCUAGUGUCCACCAGUGAUCUCUGGUGACCACAUCACUCCCGUGUCAGUCUUCACACAGGCAUUUGUCUUCCGUGGGUCUGCCUAGAAUUCCCUCUGAUAAGGACAGCAAUCCUUGGGUUCAACUCCCACCCACACUUUAGUAUGACCUCAUUCAGAGAUGACAUUAGCAGAGAGUCUAGUCCCAAACAAGAAAGGAUCCAGGUGGACAUAAAUCUGGAGGAUGUUUCACCCCACUUCACCCCAUUGCAGGUGUAGACUGUGCUGAUUCCCACUCUGGCUGACACCCCCAGACAGCUGUUGCUCUAGGCACCCCUGGCCCCUGCUGCUCUUGCCUCUUGUCAAGCCUUAGUAGGCUUCUUGCAUAAAUCCCACUUGAUAGUGAAAUCGAAAUUAGCUGUUGUCACAUAUUUAGCAACCCCUUCAGUUUUCUUUUCUGGAAAGUUCUGGCUCGCAUCUUUGGUCCCCUGUCUGAAAAAAUCAUGGUUCCCAUUUUCUCUUACUUGUCAUGGUUUCUGUUAGAGACUCCCCUUUUGUCCUUUUUUUUUUUUUUGUCGCAAAUAUUGCUUCCUACCCUAUAACCUGUCUUUUCCCUCCUUUGUGGUAUUUUUAUUUUUUUAAUGUAAAACCAUCUUAACCAUAAUACAAUCGAUCUAAUCAGCAUCUCUAAAUUUGGUGACUUUUUUUAGUUUGUUAAUGAAGGACUCAAGAUCAUAACAAUAACCCAGGAGUAUCUGCUAGCAAUGCAUCUCCUGGAGUUGGGUCAUCAUUAGCAUGAGACAAGAUGAAAUCAAUUCCGAACAGACCCCUCUGGGGAAUCCUCCCCAUGCGUGUGGUCACCCCUACUACAUGGUCUCUGCCUACAUACACAGGCCUGUCCCUGUGUGUGUCAGUCUGCCUCACUGAUCCACAGUAUCUUCACGCUGUGGCCUUGCUGCUUCACACAAAUCUCUUUAUCUUGUUUCCUUGGAAACGGCUGAGCUGUCCUGGAAUGAUACCUCCAUCUACAUAGUAGAAUCAGGCUAUCAAUAGCAAACAAACACCAAGAGUAAAAGCUAUUAGAACUUUUGGAGAGCAUUAAGGUGGAUUUGUGUAUCAGUUUGGGUAGAGCUGGCUUCUUUAUCAUGAUGAGCCUUACAAUCCAUGAAUGUGGUACACCUCUUCAUUUGUAUUCUUUAAAGUCUUUCU